AUUACCUUCAUAAUAUCAAAGAGCAGUAUCAGUGUGCUCUAUGUCGCGCAGAAAAGCACGCGUUUGUUCGAUACAUUACUCGCGAGGUUGAGCUUUCGAUUGUCCGCCGCAACGCCAGCACAGCGCACGCGCAACACAGCAUAAUCAAAACGCGUUACAGGAAACAGUCACAGCCACAUUUCAGUACCGAUACAUGAUUCGCACAGUCAGUGUCGUAUUUCUUUGAGUGGUGUGCGCGAUAACGAGUUCGCCGGAAAGACACUGGUAGCCCGGACACUGCAUCGCGCAAUUCGCCGCUCGACACACCAUGCCCAAGCAUUCGCGCUCGUACAUUCGUCCCGAAGACUUCACCAAGAGCGAUUCUGACGACGGAGAUUACGACGACGUGAAUGUCCGUUCGUCCCCAAGGAAGCCGAGAAGCGCGCGCUCCAAGAAGUCAAAGUCGCAACCCUCGCGCAAACGUCAGAGAAGAGACGAUUACGGUAGCGACAUUGUCGACGACAGUGACGACCACGACGAGGGUUCUUUCGACGACAGUAUCGAAGAAAGCUCUGGGUCCGAGGACGAAGACGACUCUCCAGGUCCUGGCAAACGCAAGACACGCAAGGCUGCUCGCGUCAAGGUUCAGUACGCUGAGUCGGACGAGGACGCUGAAGGAAGCGACGACGCUAUACCUCAGCUACCCGAACCGGCGCAGCCUUCGCUCGUUCUCAAGCUUAGAGUUGCGUCUGAAAGAUUGGAAACAUUGAGAGACACAGGCACCAUGAGUAAUCCUCGGAGGUCAACAAGAGCGACUAGCGCUAUAGUGUCGCAACGUGGAACUACACCUGCUGAGGGCUUAGGUAUGGCAACAAGACGCAGCAGUCGCGCUUCACAACAUGCAGAGCCAUUGAUGGCACUCAACGAUUCUGGCAAGCACGCCCAUACCCAAGGCGCUCGUCAAACAUCAUACACUCCCGAGCUUCAAUCCGCCAGAGGCACAAGAAGCAAGGGCCACAAGAAGCCGCCACCUACUGUUAGUGCAAUCAUGGAAGUUUCCCAAGAAGAAAUCCCUGCCUCUCAAGACUAUGGCGAAGUGGCCGAAUCUUUUGACAGAGAGUUGCGCGAGUUUGCAGAUGAGAUACCCAAGGAGGAGGCUGCAGAAGAACCUCAAGUCGAAGCUGCGUCACCUUUUGUUUCCGACGUCCAACCGAAUGAACAGGAACCAGCUGAAGACGAAGCUGAUGCCGAGGGAGAGGAAGAUGAUGAGGACGAGGGUCCGAUCAACAAAAACAAGCGUAAAUUGAGGGUGAGUCAAGUGAUACUCCCCCAAGGUUUGGUCGUGUCUGACUUCUCUGCCCAGUCACAGCAGAAGACCGAAAGUCCACAACAGCGAGGUCGCGAGGGAAGAAGACUCCGACCGCGGACACGCAAGUCUCAAGGCGAAGCUAGCAGCGAUUUUGAGCCUGCAGGUUCCGGUGGUGAUGAAGCUUCGAGCGCCGACGAACUACAGAACUCGCCCAAGAAGAAUCAAAAGAGCGAUAACGACUCAAGUAGUGGUGGCGGUGGUCUCAGACGUUCCCGACGCAAACCUGCCAAGCGUGCUCGUGAAUCUUCAGAGGAAGAGCUAGAUCGUGACGAGAUCGCUGACGAAGCCGACGAUCUGCGCGAGGACAGACGCCGCAACAAACGACCUCGGCGUAAUCCACGCAAUGACAUCGUAUUUGAGGGUACAACCCUGCGAAACCGAAGCAACAGACCCGACUACCGUAUUUUCCGACCCGAGACGCAUCAAGCAGAUGAAGAAGAGGUGGCCGCCCCGUCAGCAUCUCAACGCCCGCGUCGCGCCGCUGGACCUUGGAGAUCUCUGUUCUCAACUUUGGGUCCUUUCGGUGGAGCUGGUGGCCCUGUCCCCAUUUUUGGCGGCGAGGGAGCAGAGGCUGCUGGCGGAGCCGACUCUGACAGCAGUGACGAUGACAUGGCCCAGAAAAUGCCUCGCGGUAUUGGAGGUGCUGUAGGCAUGACACCAACCGCUGGUGGAGCACCUGGUCUAUUCCCACAAACUCACAAUGCCGAUGCUGGCGCUUCGACUGCUGGCGGUCUCUCCAACUUCGGAAAAGUCAAGGACAAAAAGGCUUUGGCAGAUGCUGAUCCGUUGGGCGUCGAUCCAAAUGUCAACUUUGACGGUGUUGGAGGUCUUGAGGAUCACAUCGAUAGACUGAAGGAAAUGGUGCAGCUCCCACUCAUGUACCCGCAUAUCUACCAACAGUUCAAGGUAACGCCGCCUCGAGGUGUUCUGUUUCAUGGACCACCAGGAACUGGUAAAACACUACUUGCUAGGGCUCUUGCGUCUGAUUUGAGUACUGAUGGACAGAAAAUCACAUUCUACAUGCGCAAAGGUGCUGAUGCGCUCAGCAAGUGGGUUGGUGAGGCCGAGCGACAAUUGAGAUUACUGUUUGAGGAGGCGAGAAAGACACAACCGAGCAUCAUUUUCUUCGAUGAAAUUGACGGUCUUGCGCCCGUCCGCUCCAGUAAGCAAGAGCAGAUUCAUGCAUCGAUUGUCGCUACUCUCCUUGCUCUCAUGGACGGUAUGGACGGUCGUGGUCAAGUCGUCGUGAUUGGUGCCACCAACCGACCUGACUCGGUCGAUCCUGCUUUGCGUCGUCCAGGUCGUUUUGACAGAGAAUUCUAUUUCCCGCUCCCUAAUGUCAAGGCUCGUCGCGCAAUUCUCGACAUCCACACGAAAGGCUGGGAACCACCGUUGAAGCCAGAAUUCAAGGAUCAGCUCGCGACUUUGACCAAGGGAUAUGGUGGUGCUGAUCUUCGUUCGCUUUGCACAGAAGCUGCGUUGAACGCUGUGCAGGGCACCUUCCCUCAGAUCUAUUCUAGCAAAAAGAAGCUACUCGUCGACCCCACCCAAAUCAGAGUUCAACCCAAGGACUUCAUGAUCUCAAUCAACAAGAUCGUACCUUCCUCUGAGCGAUCUGCAGCUUCGGGCGCAUCGCCGUUGAAGCCGAAUGUAGAACCUUUGCUCAGGGAAGCGCUUGCCAAAGUCUCGGCCAUCAUUGAUGAUAUCAUACCUCAAAAGAAGCCAAGGACUGCAUUGGAAGAGGCCAUGUUCGACGAUCGAGAAGACGAGAAUGGUUUCGAGAAGGAGACACUACAACGAGAAUUCGAAAGCUCUAGAAUCAACCGUCCAAGAUUGCUUAUCAGCGGUCUGGAAGGCAUGGGUCAGCAAUAUAUUAGUGCUGCAUUGCUGGCCAAAUUUGAAGGACUUCACGUACAAUCGUUCGAUAUGUCUACUUUGCUAAAGGAUUCAACAAGAUCACCUGAAGCAGCUAUUGUCCAGUUAUUUGAAGAAGUUAAGCGUCACAAACCCAGCGUCAUCUACCUGCCCAGUAUUGAUAUCUGGUACGAGACAAUGGGACAACAAGUCAUCAAGACCUUCAAUGGUCUAUUGAGAACCUUGUCUCCCACGGACCCAGUCCUUGUGCUCGGUGUGAUGGAACUGCGAUCAAGCGAAGCUCAGCCCAACCAGGAGAUGAUGAGGGAGCUCUUCAGCCGUUCGCGCAAGAAUUACUUCCACUUGGACAGACCUGGAGAGAUGGCCCGCAGAGAAUUUUUCAGCAAGGCAAUGAACUAUAUCCGACAAUCACCGGCAGAGUUUCCUCAACCCGAGAACCGCAAGAGACGUAUCUUGCCAGUCUUGCCCGAGGCACCCGUGGUCGAAGAAGUGCCGAAGACAUUGACUAAGGCCGAGCUCCGGGCACAAAAGAAAAAGGACCGCUUCACUCUCAACAAUCUCAAGCUACUGAUACAACCAGUCAUGGAUCAGAUCAAGCUCAAAUACAAGAAGUUCAGAGCUCCCAUCGUGGAGGAGAGUCUCAUUGGCUACCUGUACGACGAGCAGGAUCCAAGCAUCGUUACAACCGAUCUGGAUCGUGCGGAGAUUCAGCAAUUGAGGCCUUACGAGAUAUCAAAGGAUGGAAAGGGCGCUCCAGUUUUGCACGAGACCGCGACUGGCAAGCAAUACUACAAUUUGGAGAUCGUCACCAUUGAGAAGCGCCUCUCUAACGGAUACUACAAGCGUCCCGAGGACUUCCUCAACGACAUUAAAGCACUUGCUAAAGAUGCAAAGACAAGCGGUGAUCCAGAGCGCAUACUAAAGGCGAACGAGAUGCGCGCAAACGUCGAAGUCGAUAUGAUGCAUCUGGCAGCGAUCAAUCCUGUACUGGUUGCCGAGUGCGAGGCUGUAUACAAUCGCGAAAAGGCUCGUGAGAAGGAGCAGAACGACAAGGCCGGAGCAGGGCAAGAAGUGCCCAUCAUCAGGCCGGACGUGCCACCCAACAUCUCCAACACUGUCACCGAACAGUCUGGUGGAACAAUUCACCUUGGAGAGGAAGUACCUGGGCCACGGACGCUGCAUCCCUUUACGCCGGCCAGACCUCUUGGGCCCAGCCCCUUGUCCAACGGAUUCACCAACGGCUCAGAUAUACCGUCAAGGGUACACGGUGAGCCUGAGAUGCCUGACAGUCAAGACAACUCGCUCCUCAACCCUCAUGAGCGAGUAGGUUUCGUUCAGCCCUAUGCAACUCCAUUGGCACAAGGCACUCAGCCCUAUCCCACACAUACUCAGACUAGUGCGUUGACACGGAUAGCGCCUGGCUCGGGACAUCAAGACUACUAUAACAGCGCGUCUUCCACCAGCUCAGGGCACAAGAUAAGUGAUCAGAGUCACAGAAGCAGCGCACCAUUCUCAGUCAUUACCAAUGCCUCUUCGAAUGGCGUCCGUAACGAUGAUGCCCCCGAUUUCAGUACAUUACCCCAGGUUGAAGGUGGUAGUCAAUUGCCUAACACGCAACCACCAGACAUGUACAGCUCGCAGAUUUCACAAUCAUCACAAAGAGUGAUGGGUCCACCAGCAUCAAGCAGUCAACCUCAGAGUCACACAUUCACCGUACAAGCACUUCUGAACGAGCCACAUCUCAUUCAUGCCGAUCCGGGUAUCCUGAGGAGUCUGGAUGAUCAACUGAUUCGCAAGUCGAGUGGACUCAAUGUCGAACAGCUUGAGCAAGUCAUGGCGAAUAUCAUGGACGCAAUCUGGAGAACAAAGGGCGACUGGAAUCGCAACCAUGCUGCCUCGGCAGUAUCCGACACAUUCAAUGAGACGAUACGUGAUAUCGAAGAAUGUCAAGCUAUCUUGGCACCGAGUCAAGACGAGUAGGUGAAGACAAGCAAGCAGGAGACAUGGAGCAAGAGGCAUGUUUGGAAUAGCGUAGGUGCUAUUCUCUGACCGGCGCUUUUAUUCUGGCAUACAGAUACAAUCGAUAACGCUACAUGCUAAUGAUAUCAUUCAAUUUGUUCUAUGGUCC